CCUCACCAGAUGCUGGACCAAUGCGUCGAGUGCCAGAUAGGCGAGAGUUUGUAAUCCAGAGAAACCGGCAGGAAUUCAAAGAGCUGGAAAAGCAGGCAUACAUCUCAUGCAGCCAGAAUAGUCUCAAGCUAGUAGAUAGCUUCACUCUUCCUUGACUACUAGAGCUGGCUGAACACCAUGAAAUCCCAAGGUAAAUCGUUUCGAAGCAAUGCUCUCCUUUUCCUGGCCCUGGCAUCCGCCAUGAUUCUCUCAGUUGGUGGUGAGACUCAUCUUCGAGCUUUUCGCCAUAGAAACUUGAAGAAGAAUGAGAGCGCUACAUCCUCUUCUUCUUCGUCUUCCUCCAGUAGCAGUGACAGUGAUGACGGAGACUCCACAGAGGCUGCAGAGUCUCCGAAGAAUGUGUAUUACGAUGGCGAGUCACCGAAGUCUGUGUAUUAUGAUGGCGAUGGCGAUGAUAUUACAUCCGAUGCUGUGGGUGGAAAUAGUACGGAUGAUGUUGAAAGUGGAAUCUUCGACGAAGGCAACCAAACUGAGGUUGUUGAGCUCGACAGCGAAGAUGAGGGGGAGGAAACGGAAGUAGUGGUGGAGAGUGAAGAUGAAGCACUGCCAUCAGGAGGCAAGUCUGAGUCACAAAAGUUGGGACAUGGAGACCCUGAUAAGGACGACGAUAAAACACAAAGGUCUGGAGAUGACAAGGAUGACGAUCAAACACAAAGGUCUGGAGAUGACAAGGAUGACGAUCAAACACAAAAGUCUGGAGAUGACAAGGAAGAUGAUCAAACACAAAAGUCUGGAGAUGACAAGGAUGACGAUCAAACACAAAGGUCUGGAGAUGAUGAAGAUGAGGUUGGAUCGAAAGAACCAUCCAACUCAGAGUUGGAACAGUUAGAGCAGCUAAUGGCCGCUGCCAACGCAGAGGAAUCCACUGACUCUUCUUCUUCCUCCUCCUCUUCUGAGGACAAUUCUAGUGACGACUCUUCUGACGAUGAGGAUAAUCGAUGCUGGCCCCCAGCUUGUCGCUAG